CUCGUCUCUUCUCUUCCACUCCUCUCUUCUGCUGCUGCUUCCACCCGCUAGCACGCUGAGGGCCCCCACGGCGCGAUGGCCAAGGCGCUGCUCUCCUCCACGCUGCUCCCCUCGCUCCCGCGCGGCGGCGCCGUCGCGUUCCGCGGCCUGCCGCCGCUCCGCACUGCCGGGCACCGUGGCCGCGCGGCGGGAUGCGCGGUCAGGGCGAGCCUCGACUCCGUCGGGGGCCUCCACGCGGCGCUCGAGCGGGCCGAGGCGGCGCUCUACACGCUGGCGGACGCGGCCGUCGUCGCGGGGGCGGCGGGAGGGGACCUGGACCAGGCGGUGCAGAAGAAAGGCGGGUGGUUCGGGUUCAUCUCCGACGCCAUGGAGGUCGUGCUCAAGGUGCUGAAGGAUGGUCUCUCGGCGGUUCAUGUGCCGUACUCUUAUGGGUUUGCAAUCAUUUUGCUCACCAUUGUUGUGAAGGCUGCAACAUUACCUUUAACAAAACAGCAGGUCGAAUCAACUCUGGCGAUGCAGAAUCUGCAGCCGCAGCUCAAGGCUAUUCAGCAGAGAUAUGCAGGCAAUCAGGAAAGGAUCCAGCUUGAGACUGCUCGUUUAUACAAGCAAGCUGGAGUCAAUCCUCUAGCAGGAUGUUUGCCGACUUUGGCAACAAUACCUGUCUGGAUUGGACUGUACCAAGCCCUUUCAAAUGUAGCAAAUGAGGGAUUGUUGACAGAAGGAUUUUUCUGGAUUCCAUCUUUGGGAGGCCCUACAACAAUUGCUGCUCGUCAAAGUGGAGCUGGCAUUUCAUGGCUCUUCCCUUUUGUGGAUGGUCAUCCGCCAAUAGGUUGGCAUGACACAAUAGCUUAUCUUGUGUUGCCUGUGCUACUUGUUGCUUCUCAAUUUGUCUCCAUGGAGAUCAUGAAGCCACCCCAGUCUACUGAUCCAUCACAGAAGAAUACACAGCUUAUUUUAAAAUUUCUUCCAUUCAUGAUCGGGUAUUUCUCAUUGUCGGUGCCAUCAGGAUUGUCCAUUUAUUGGUUUACAAACAAUGUCCUCAGUACAGCCCAGCAAGUGUGGUUACGGAAAUUGGGAGGAGCAAAGCCUAUUGUGAACGAGGGAGGCAGUGGAAUCAUAACUGCAGGACGAGCCAAGCGUUCAAGUGCUCAAUCAGGCCAGGGUGGAGAAAGGUUUAAGCAGCUAAAAGAAGAGGAGAGCAGGAGAAAAGCUACCAAAGCGCUUGCUGCAGGAGAUACAAAAGCUUCAGUGGAGACAUCAGAGGAUGAAGAAACGGAUGACGAGAUUACAGAGGAGGGAGGAGCUGUAGAGGAAACUUACGCUUCCGGUAGUGACAAGAAACUUCCUACUUACUCCGGAAAGAAGGGCAAACGGUCGAAAAGGAAACGCAUAGUGCAGUAACGCGACAGAGCCUAAUUGGACAUCAUUUUUGUCAGGACUGGUUAAGUUGACCAGUUAGGUGAUGUAGUUGUUCUCGGGUUACAAUUUUGGUGGCGUCUCACGGGACGCCUAAUCUUCAGACGCGGACAUAUACACAAUUCGAAGUGAUGCUGAUACUCGCAUGCAGAAGAUGUGUAGGAUGAAAUAGCCAGUUAAGUUUAUUACGAAUUUACGAUAGGAACCGAAAGGUCAAGAGGACCAGGCAGCAAACUAAACCUGUUCCAGCUGAGGAGAGGAGAGGAGAGGAUCUUUAGAAGAGGUACAUAAACCGUUUAAAAAUCUUUGUUCUGUAUGUAAGGGCGGGUAUGGUUCGAAAACCGGGCUGGAAAUGAUUCGCAUACUUGGUAUAUACUCUUAUGUAAUUUCCUUUGUUCCCCACUCCUGUCGUGUAAUCUGACAACUUUGUUCUUGGGAGAGAGAGCAUAUGGUAUGCAACCGUACAAACAAUUGGAUGCAAGUGUAAAGAAAGAGAUGAGCAUUUUGAGCAGUGUGGUGGUGGAUGCUGAACUGUUAAGCUUGC